AUGAAAUUUCUGAUUCUUAAGGUCGAAUUCAAUAUCCAAAUAAUUAAGGAUAAAGUUUUCGUAUGGUCUGAUCAUUCAACUAAAAUGAAAGAUUAAAUUUUAAGGGUUGUUUCUGAAUAUAAUCAGAAAACUUCUCCUCUAUCUGCUUUAAGAUCAAAUCAUGUCUUAAAAUCUCCUCAAGAAAUCAGAUAAAUUGUAAUUAGUCCUUUAAGAAUAGAAUCAAAAAGAAUGACAAGUGCUUUCAUUUAAGUAUAUUAUAUCAUCAAUGAUUAUUAAGUAUAAUCAUUUUAAGUUGAAAAUUCAAAUAUAAAUGAAGAUAAAAAGAUCAAAAAGUAAUAAGAGUUCUAAAUCCUCAAAAAUAUAAUCUUUAAGAAAUUUAAAUGA